AUGGGCAGCACCCAUGGAGCGAUUAGUCCGACGCAAAUAAUAGAUCUGCGUGAAACAUGCACUGCUUGUGCAGGGUCAAUGAUUCUGGAAAUGGCAGCCCUUUCCAGGCUCACUGGGGAACCGAUUUUCGAAGCAAAAGCACAGAAAGCUAUGGAUGAAUUGUGGAAAUUGCGCCAUCGUAGUUCAGACUUGAUGGGCACAGUUCUCAAUGUUCAUUCAGGCGACUGGGUAAGAAAAGAUGCGGGCGUGGGAGCUGGAAUCGAUUCUUAUUACGAGUACUGCCUUAAAGCCUACAUCCUGUUGGGUGACAACAAAUAUUUGAACCGUUUUAAUAGGCACUACAGCGCCAUUAUGAAAUACAUAUCGCAAGGACCGAUGUUACUGGAUGUGCAUAUGCACCGACCGCAUACCACUUCAAGAAACUUUAUGGACGCUUUACUCGCUUUCUGGCCAGGUUUGCAAGUUCUAAAAGGCGACAUCAAACCUGCAGUUGAGACGCAUGAAAUGCUUUAUCAAGUCAUGCAAAGACAUAAAUUUAUUCCUGAAGCCUUCACUACUGAUUUUCAAGUUCAUUGGGGUAACCAUCCUUUAAGACCCGAAUUUCUUGAAUCCACCUAUUUUUUGUACAGUGCUACGGGGGAUCCUUAUUACUUGGAUGUGGGUAAAAAUGCCUUGAAAAGCCUUCAAAAGUAUGCAAGAGUGCCUUGUGGUUACGCGGCUGUGAAUGAUGUUAGAACUGGGAAACAAGAAGAUAGAAUGGACUCAUUUGUACUGACAGAAACAUUCAAAUACUUAUAUCUACUCUUCGCUGAUAAAGAGGAUAUUCCAGUUAAUUUGGAUGAAUUUAUAUUUACCACUGAAGGCCACUUAUUGCCCCUGGCUUUAUCAGGACAUGGUACAAAUGCUACUAGAAUUGGAUCAGAUUUGGAAAUUGAAAAUUCUGAAUUUGCUAUGUCUUGUCCCAAUACACUGUCGCUAUUUCCUGACGCUGUUCGAAAACCUUUGAAACACAUGGUAGAUGGAAUGUGUCCUAGAAGAAAAAAUAAACGAAGGUUGACGGCAAGUGAAUUCUCAGCGGCUGAUAUCAACCACUUAAAAAUGCUGAAAGAAAUGGGGAUUAAUAUCAUAGCUUUAGGAGAUGGCAGAGUUCAAUUAUUGCAUACACCUGCGGUGGCAAAAUCUCCGCUUGAUGCAGAAGAAGGGCUUAUGUUUAUGCAAGAGAUGGCAGAGUUGUCUAAAGUGCAGGCUCAGCAACCAGAACCCAUACCUCAAAUAGUUUCAUUUCCUCUCAACGAUGAAACAACGGGAGGAAAAACUGCUAUAAUUACGGCACAAGUUGGACCAGCGCAAUUUGGGGAAGUGUUGAAAGGCAAUAAAAUAUUGAAGUCCAAAGCACUCACGUUGGUGCCGUUUAAUGGAUGCAGCGAUUUGGAUGAAGCACAGGGAUCGGUUUUAGCUCUAGGGCUCAUUGCGAUUAUAGAAAGAGGAGACUGCAUGUUUGUGGAUAAAGUACGCAGAGCACAGAAGUUUGGAGCUAUUGCGGCAAUAGUAGUAGAUAAUGUCCCUGGAAGUAGCUCAGAAAAUUCCCCUUUAUUUUCAAUGUCAGGAGACGGUACUGAUGACGUUAAAAUUCCCUCAGUCUUUAUGUUUUCUGUAGAUGCUCAGAAGCUGCUUAAAGCGUUGCGUUUGAAUCCGCUAACGGAAAUUACUUUGAAAGAAGUGGACGAUGUCAACAGGCUAGAAACUGAAGAGAGCAUGUUUCACAAAUUGAAGGUGUCGGUCCAAGAAUUCCUAAACAAACAUACAGGCAUAGCCAUAGGAGGCAUUGAAAGAGUAGUUGAAGACAGUGGAUUUAAGGCAUACAUUGGUACAGACAAAAUUCGAAUCACUUUGGAGAAUCAAAAAGUUGUAGAUGCUCCUAUGUUUAAAGAUAAAGAAACAAGUCCCAGUUGGUCACAGAGCAUAAAACAAGUCCUAAACUCACUUCAUCAAUCUGAGAAUAAGGAGAUUUUCUUACCUCUGACUAUGUUGAAACUUUACUACAGAUCAAGAACAAGCGAUGUGUUUGAGAAUGACCCUGCUGAGCAAGCUAAAUGGUUAUUAAGUGAAUUAUCCAAGCAUUAUUAUUCUCGAGACGACGAUUCUUUAAUUAAAGCAACACCAACUAGUCAGACGUCAAUUUUAGCUGAUGUGGAACAGUUAACCAAAAGCAAAACUGUAGAAGCUGAAAAGGGCGAUAAGAACAUUCACCCUGAUUCAACAAAGUCAAGUAAAAUUAUACAAAUUCUUGAACGUUCUAAACAGUUAGAAAAAUUGUCGAUUUUAAUGGAGAACAUAGAUCGAUUGCAAAUGUCACAGAGCGAGGACCUACUGAAUGUUCUUUAUAAACUUAAAAGCUCUGAUGACUUGAUACCAAGCAAAGAGCGCGAUCAAUUAAAAAGCGAUACCAAAAUUCAUACAAACCGAAUUCAGGUGGAUGAAGAAAUUGACAAUUCAAAUGUUAAACAUGUUCCAGGUGAAUUAUGACGUUAUUGAAUAAAUUUAGGAUUUUCCAAUUAAAUUGCAUUGAGAGAGAUAUAAGGCUCAACUCACAUCAUCAUUAAUAACAUGAGUUUCCUGUGUAUUUCCAGUACAGAAUCAAACAGCUUAUUAAUAACAUCAGUAUGUAAAAGUAAGUAUUAUUCGUUCAUCAAUUAAAACAAGUUAUUUUACUUCCUCUAUACCGAGCCAACUGUCUUUCUGACGAGAAUGUUUGAAGAAUAAUUUUAUUGGAUUUUAUAUAUUAAAAAGUAUAAAGUUGUAUAAAAAUAUCGAAUUUACCUUCUUUAUUACCUGGUUAAAUCAGUCUGGCCACAAAAGCAAUUUACUUACAAGCAUCUUUGGAUAACGAACAUCACACGUCGUAAACGGCUAGGUGUUUGUUCACUAUCUUAAUGCAUUUGAUUCGCGGUCACAGAAUGCAAUGCUGAUUUAUUUCAAUUAUUUAGGCCUUGUUUCUUCUUCGCAUAGAUUUACUGUCAAGAAAUCUGUAAAUGUUUCGAUUUUGAUGGUUAAAACGACGACUAGAUUACUUAGUUAUUUAAUUGAUAUAGUUUGAAGUAAAAUAUGUGAUCACUAUAAAUAACCGUUUGAAAACAGCGUUGUUAAAACAAGUAUUCAUAUAUUAUUUCCAUUAUUAUAAUACAGAAAAAUUUAAUUAAUUUUCCGAAAUUGUUUGUGGAUAAACGAAUUAUUAAUUUUAUUUUUGGUGUACAAAAUAUGUAUAAACUGUGAAAUAUUUUUAUAUGUAGAUUUCAAAAGAACUGUUAUUGUGUAAAUAAAAAUUUAUUACUUUAUA